AAGCAUAACAUUUCAAAACAAAAAAAUAAAUAGGUAUAGGUAUUUUAGUUAAAUAUAACAAAUAAUAUAUGUCUUCCUAAUGGCAUUGCUGCCGCCGAAGGUUAUCUAUUUUUAAAUAAAAAAAACAAAUAAUAUUAAAUAAAAAUAAAACAAUAAUUAUAAGUGUUGCAUGUAUGCGCGGGUCUACCAAAUUAUACAAUGACAUUUUAUAUUUAUAAUCUAAAUAAACUGAUAAUGAUUAUGGUUAAUUACUAGAUGCUAUUUAUAUUUUAUUAUUCAUUCGUAAUAUUCGUAAUAUUUCUUAUUGGAUUAUUCUUGUUUACCCGGAGUACGGACGUCGGACGGUAAACACUAAUUCGUAACUAGUUCGUCUUCAUUCUCCAUCAGCAUUCAGCACAUGUGGAUUUUAAUAAUUAUACCAAAUAAUAUAUUAUACAGAUUACAGAAAUACAAAACAACGAAAUACUAAGUACCAACUACCAAGUAUUCAAUAUGAGUGAGGUAUGGCAAGUAUUUAGUAAAAACGAUGUUGGUCUUAAAGUGAAAUGCUCAAUAUGAAAAAAAAAAAUAUGCAAAUCCAGGAUCAAGUACAACGAACAUGUGAAACCAUUUAAAAUUUAAACACAAGCCAAAAUUUAUUGAACUUGAUCGAAUUCGAAUUGGAUUAUCAGGAAGUGCAUUUAAUCAAGACGUUUCCAAUGUUUCCAUAGACGAAGAUGAAACUUGGACUCACAAGUUUCUUACGAACAUAUAAAAAUGGUGGAUAUAAAAAUUUGGCUCUUCAAGAAUCAGACAUUAUCGUGUUAGAAAACCUAAGUUGAAUUAUACAGCCAAUCAAGGAAAUAACUGACAAUUUAGCUGGCGAUUCAUAUGUCAUGGGCUCGGCUAUACUACCAGUUAUUUUUUCGCUUAAAUCAAAAUUAUCUCAAAUAACACAACUAAAUGAAAGUGAUGAUACGGACAUCAAUGGAGGACAAAUUAAAAACAUGUAUACAACUAUUAUUGAGGUUCUAGAUCAACGCUAUCAAGAUAACGCAUUACUGAUUAUGUGUACCGUAUUGGAUCCUAGGUUCAAAAUCGAGUACAUUAAGUAUAAUGAUUUAUCGGUUUUAAAGAAAACCAUCGCUGAAUUUUGUGAAACAACAUACGAGCGUAUCGAAAGUGAUAGUUACGUCAACAAUAUUUCUAAUCAACUGGCAUCACAAAAAAAACCAAAAACUGGGUUGUCUGUAAUUUUUGGUACUCCUGAAAAUAAUAACAUGGAUAAUUUUCAAGAAGUUCCAUUAAGCCAAAAAAUAAAAAAUGAAUUGGACUUAUACAUUAACAAUCCAAAAAUUGGUGUUGAACAAGAUUCACUAGAUUGGUGGAACAUAAACAAGACAACUUACCCUAUUAUGUUCGUUUCAGCAAAAAAAGUUAUGACCAUUCAAGCUACAAGCUUAGCGUCUGAACGUAUUUUUAGUAAAGGGGGGAUUUCCGGCUACGAAAGUACAGAAAGAAAAGAGGAUGACGCGACAAAAGAAAGCUACACCGGGGAAAAAAAGACAGUAAGUCGGCGGGGCUGUCAAAUGCCACCGCUGACCGACCUAAAAGUAGCUUUGAUUGUCGUGCCAUCACGUUGGUAG